GUCUACAAGCCCGGCAAAGUUGCGAUCGUUCUCCAGGGCCGCCAGGCGGGCCACAAGGUUGUUGUCAUCAAGCAGCUCGACGAGGGCACCAAGGAGCGGCCCUACCCCCAUGCGAUCGUUGCCGGCAUCGAGCGUUACCCCCUCAAGGUGACGAAGCGUAUGGGUGCGAAGAAGGUUGCGAAGCGCAGCAAGAUUAAGCCCUUCAUCAAGGUUGUCAACUACUCCCACCUCUUCCCUACGCGUUACGCACUUGAGCUCGAGGGCCUCAAGGGUGUCGUUGGUUCGGAGACCUUCAAGGAGGUUUCGCAACGAGAGGACUCGAAGAAGCAGAUCAAGAAGCUCCUGGAGGACAGGUACACGAGCGGGAAAAACAAGUGGUUCUUCCAGCCUCUCAGGGUACGUAUCCCUUCUCCAUCACAUCCCUUCAACUCUCUGUCACUCCGACUUUUCUACGCCUUGACAUCUCUUUCAUUACUACUCCCCGUCUCGUUCACCGCUCUUUCUCUGUGA